AUAAAUCACAUGUAAUUUCCAUUUAAGCCUAAGGUUACACUGUUUAGAAUUGAAAACAAUUCAAAAGAUAUAUAUUGUAGUUAAUAGAAAGCUGAACAUGCUUGGUAUACGCUCUAUUGUCAAUUUGAAAGGAUUAAUUUGUUUUGGAUGUGCAGUACAAUGUUUUACUGUAUAUACAUAUCAAUAUAUUCUAAUGGAAGUGCACUUAAUUAUAAACAGGAUUUGCAGACAAGUUCAAAACCGGAACCAAGACUGUUUAACAUUGCAGUGAAUGCCAACUCGUAUUUGAGCAAGUGCAAGAGAGCUACGUUAAGGGUACCUGGUGGAUCACAGGCGCCUAUUUGUGUUUAUAAAGCUAAUGAGGAUAUUUGGGUCUCGGGCUCCAUUAUCAAACAUCAAAGCUGGGAAUGGGAAAAUGUUGUCGCAGUUUGGAAACUAAUGAAACCGGUCAAUGACAUGGCUUUUCUUGACAUCGGUUGCAACAUUGGUGCAUUUACUAUUCCAAUAGCCAAACUUGGGCGACGGGUGAUAGCAGUUGAUGCGAACAAGGAAAACCUUAAGAUGCUGGCUUCGUCACUUCAUCUUGGUGGGCUGGAUGAAAAUGUAACUCUUAUAUGGAACGGUGUAUCGAAUGACACGAUAUAUGUACAUCUUGUCCCAUGCACAAGCAAUGUUGGUGGUAUAAAGAUAGAACAAUCGGAUGUACAAAGUCCUAUAGGCAAUGAAAAUAGUAUCAUAACAAUAAAACUAGAUGACAUGCUAACACAAUUUGGUUCUGGUCCAUUUUUCAUGAAAAUGGACAUUGAGGGUCAUGAAGCAAUGGCACUUCGGGGCGCUGUGACAUUCUUUAAAGACAUUGACGUACGCUAUAUACUUAUGGAAUGGAUGCACUAUAAAGACACGAAAAAUAAAAAGGAGGGCUCGUUCAUAACUGACUUCCUUGCCAAGAAUUCAUUCAUCCCGUGUCGAAUAUCUGACUCCAAAGACCUAGUGAUGGAAGAUGCAUACUCAUCAUGGCCAAAUGACAUUUUGUGGAUAAAGAAAUCAAUUAAUUCAUAGUUUGGAUGUUAAACUGAAUGAAUAUUUUAAAAAUUUUGUGUGUGUUUAUUCUUUAAUAAAUACAUUAACUUUGGGAUAAAAUCAUUGAUCAUAGAAGUGCAUUUUCUGUAUUGCUAGAAAUUAUUUCUGAAUUCAUCAAACUGAAAGGUAAAUUCUAAAACUGAAAAUGUAUAAAUAUAUAUUUUAUUAAAAUCUUUAGAAAAACAAAACAACAUAAAUUAUCCCAUAUCAGUUUAUUAUUAUGAAAGGAUCGUUUAAAAUCUUAUAAAUGACAUCCAUUCUUUAUCGGCAAACUAUUACAAUUUCAUUGUUAUGUUGUAAAUACAACAUUAUGAAAGUGACAAAUUAAAGUUUUUGCAUAGAUAGAACGGAAACAUGAUAUCCGUUUUUAAAUUAUGCUAAAAUAAAAAGAACAAAGC